CAAGAGGAUUAACAAAGACACAAAAAUCUGUAGAGGUUGUGGAAGUGUCAAAUCUUUGCAAAUUCACAUUGUCUUUUCUCAUCCUCCCAUAGUUCCAAACUCAUUAAGCAACUAGCUACUACACUCGGUAUUUUCUAUUUCUCAAAUUCAGUUUCUACGUUUUCCCUAUUGUUUUUGCAACAAACUUUAUGGAAUUUGAUUUUCUAUUCAGUUUCUUUCUUUCUUUUGUCUGAUUAUUAGGUAUUUAUCCAAAUGUCCAAUUCUACCAACAAAGAAAGUGAAAACAAAGACAGACUCAGCGACUUACCUGACUGUGUUAUCAUUCACAUAUUGUUACUUUUGAACAUCAAACAAGCGGUUGGAACUUGUGUUCUGUCCAGAAGAUGGAAGGAUAUGUGGAAACAUCUUCCCGCCCUUAUAUUGCAUAAAUCAGACUUUCGAACUAUCAAGAUAUUUACUAAAUGUGUGUCUAAGGUUCUAUCUCUUCGUGAUUCCUCUAUCUCAUUGCAGUCUCUUGAUUUUGAGCGUUAUAAUUGUCGCUUUGAACCACAUAUACUCAAAACGGUUGUGAAUUAUGCUCUUUCUCACAAUGUCCAACAAUUAGGACUUUAUGUCAAUGGUGACAUUGCACAAAUUCCGUUUUCAUGUGAGACUUUAACACAUCUUAAACUUUCCAUUCACAAUGGCAUAGGUCAUGAAACACUAUUUCCAAAAUCUCUCGAUUUGCCGGCAUUAACUAACUUGCAACUAGGGAAUUUCACAUUUUGUGUUGGCGAUAAUGAUUGUGCUGAACCAUUUUCAAUCCUUAAUAGGUUGAAUAAUUUGUUUAUUUGCGAUUGUACCGUGAAAGGUACAGAAACCCUCUGCAUAUCAAGUGCGACGCUUGUCAAUUUAACCAUAUACAAUAACUCAAAUGACUAUUACAAAAUUGAGCUAUGUACUCCAAGUCUUUGUACAUUUGCUUUUUGUGGUACUCCUUGUCAGAGUAUCUCUGCUAGCGAUGUUUCUUCUCUUAAACAUGUAGAUAUUCAUGCAGAAGCAGAAGUAGUUUCAUAUAACCUGGGGCCUCCUAUGUUUCUAUUCAGCUGGCUCCUAGAGUUUGCUAAUAUAGAAUCAUUGACCGUCACUGCAACUACUCUUCAGGUUCUCUCCUUAUUUCCUGGCAUGUUUAAGUUAAACUUCCCUACCUUGGGUAACUUGAAGUCAUUGAGAGUGGAAUUUGACGAAAUUCAAUACGAACUUCGCAUGUUACUGUGCAAGGUCAAGUUACUGACAGUCGAGUCAGGGGAAGAAACAGCCCGGAUAAAAAAAGCAUUUGAAUUUGGAUGGGAACCGUCACCCAUACCUGUUGGAAUGGUGGAGUUCUUGCUUCAAAAUUCACUCCGUGCAAGAGUUGACUACGUCGAUGGCACAAAAAGACCUCUUAGACCGAGACGCUUAUGAUUGGUUUGUUUUACUUUUUCUUUCCUUCUAUGUUUAUUUUUAUUGAGAAGACAGAUGGAAAAGUGUGGAGAAGCUCUGCUGUAUAGGAAUUACAGUAUUUAGUAUGCAAUAUUGAUGCUGGUUGAAGUGCUGAAUUUUGUUUAUGCAUGUUUAUGUUAUGUGAUGAUCUUCAUUGAGUAUUUGGUGAUUUUGGUAUGUUCAUUGAGAUCAAACUUUGUCUACAUGAAUUUUAGAGAUGAAACUUUGGUGAUUGAUAUUCUGUGUCAUUCAAAGUAUUUAUUGACACUAAAUUUUAAUAUGUUUUAGGCCAGUGCUAUUUGUUGAGAAUAUUUUGAUUCGUUGUCAAACUAUAUUCUCUAACUUACAUUGCUAACUAUUGAUAUUUGGUAACAAUAUAUUUAAGUUUUUUUUGUCCUAUCCCUCCAAUUUAUAUGGAAUACGGCUUAGUAAUUCAUAGUUUAGUAGAGAGACAAGUUAGUCUAAAUCAAAUUCUACUUUUUAUUUCUACAUUGUCCUACCUCUAUUUACAUGGCUAUACUUUUUGUUUCUUUAAACAACUAUGGUUUUUGCUAAUGAGUAUUUGUUUUUCAAAGGUGUGAUUUAUUGAUCCAAU